AUGGCGUCAAUCCUUCAGCACGCGCGACGCGUUGCUUGGGACAGUCAUAAGGGAGACCAUAGCCCGGGACAUCGCAUCAGAAAGCUUUCACGAUCAGCUCCGUUGUCUCUAUUUAUCGAAGCGUUGGAAGCCGAUGGCUGUGUGAUAGUCAAGGAUUUCACCGACAAAGCAACGCUUGAGAAAGCGGAAUGGGAGGUGCGGCCGUGGCUAGAUCAGCAAGCAAACGGUGUGAAAGUGGGCGGCAAGUUUCUCUAUCGUGCAACACUGUCAUUACUCCACAUACUGACUGGCAGUCAAGCGCUUCAAGGCAAAACGAGAACAGUCACUAGACUCAUCGGAAAGAGCGCAACAGUACGAGAGAAGUUCUUUGCCGAUCCGCUCUAUCAAGCUCUGUGCGAACACUUUCUGGCACUUGAGACGACUCAUUAUUACGGCAACAAGCCACUCACGACUACCAGUCACCCACUGCUCUCAAUCUCAAUUGCAUUUGAUAUCCCUCCAGGAACUCCAGCGCAAAACCUUCAUCGCGACGACAAGAAUCACCAUGCUCGCCAUUCCCAUGCCGAUAAGUACGAGAAAGGCCGUGAUAUGCUAUUAGGCCUGUUCGUUCCAUCCUGCGAUACAACCAAGGCCAAUGGUGCUACGAGAGUCGUCCCAGGCAGCCAUCUGUGGGGCGAUGAUAUGCCCGACUUUGGACCCGACGGCAACCGCGGAGUUGUCGACGCAGAGAUGUGCAUGGGAGAGGCGUUCAUUAUGCUGGGAAGCCUUUAUCACGGAGCUGGAGCGUAUGAGAAGCCACUGGGAACGGUGAAAGACGGUGCUAGAGAGAGCAGGACGGUCUACGCAAUGUUCUCGUGCACUGGCGUGCAUCGACAGGAAGAGGUAUCAUUUCUGUCGUAUUCGAUCGACGAGGUCAAGACAUAUUCGAAGAUCGUGCAAGAGCGACUAGGUUGGAAGCAGAGUGAGCCAAACCUGGGUUGGGUCGACCUCAAGAGUCCGGAAUUUCUCCUGGCGCAAUGA